AUGAUAUUUCAUCUUCCUUCUCAGCAGGUCGAGAUGACCACAGCCACCCCUUUGGGGAGUACCACCUUCUUCUCACUGAACAUGACCACCAGAGGAGAAGACUUUCUGUACAAGAGUUCUGGAGCCAUCGUUGCUGCCAUUGUGGUGGUUGUCAUCAUCAUCUUCACCGUGGUUCUGAUCUUGCUGAAGAUGUACAACAGGAAAAUGAGGACAAGACGGGAGCUGGAGCCCAAGGUGCCCAAGCCAGCCUCCCCUUCUGCCCUGGGCCCAAACAGCAACAGCAGCCAACACCCUGCAACUGUGACCUUCAGCCCAGUUGACAUCCACGUGGAGACUCGGUGA